AUGGGUCGCAGCUACGACAAGGCCGCCAGGGCCACCAACAUCGAACCUCCCUUGCAGUGGACCGACCAGACCACGCACAAGUAUUGCGGCAAGACAGACCGCGGUCGCAUCGGCAAGCCAAACAAAGCCCAGAAGUGCGACGACUGUCAGGCCGUUAAGGCGCACCAGGCCAGGCAAUCCCAGAGGGAUACGGACAUUCGCCGGCAAGAGAAGCUGGAGUGGACUCUCAGUUACGAUUAA